CUGAGGUUCACGACGCGGGCCGGGGUCGUCAGUGACAACAGCGCCGACUUUGGUGCGGGAGCGGGGCCAUUGGUGAUUUCUCCAGGACCCAGUCAUGCCUCUUCCUGAUGUUAUGUUCUGCGCUCAGCAGAUUGAAAUCCCCCCCGAAUUUCCUGACAUUUUAAAACAGUUUACAAAGGCUGCCAUCCGGACCCAGCCACAUGAUGUUCUUCAGUGGUCUGCUGCAUAUUUUGCAGCAUUGUCUAAAGGUGAAACACUUCCUGUGAAGGAGCGGUUUGAAAUGCCAGUGGCAACCCAGAAAAAUGACACUGGUCUUACACCAGGACUUCUAAAGGUUCUGCACAAUCAGCUCUCUCCAAAGAACAUUGUUGAAGUGCAGGAGUUGGAAGAGAAAUGGAAAGAUUUAGGUCUGCCAAUCCAGCGCCUGAGAAGCAUUCUGCGACUGGGCAAUUUUGUAUACGAGGUUGAAUGGAUGAAAUUCCUGGCACUUGCUUGCAGUGAUUUGGGUGGGUCUCUCUUCAGUGCCUUGAAAUACGCAUGUGAAAUUCUAACAACUGACCCACCGGGUGGUGCUGCUCACAUUAAAAUCGAAACCUUCACUUAUCUUUUCACCUACCUGGCAAAGAUGGAUGGGGAAUUUCCUGAUGCUAAAAUUGAAGAACUGCUUCUAACCCUAGAGGAAGAUGUAGAAAAACAAGGUGGAUUGAUACAACCCAGAAACUUCAAACACUUCCAGAAAGCUAAAGAUCGAAAAGAAAAUGAAACACCUUCUUAAUUAAGCAC